AUGUCCGUUAAAUUGUUCGUUGGUGGUUUGGCAUGGGGAACAGAUGACCGUUCUCUUAGGUCUAGGUUUGAAGAAUUCGGCACUGUUGAAGAUGCCGUUGUGAUUCGUGAUCGUGACACUGGUCGUAGUCGUGGUUUCGGCUUUGUGACUUAUUCAUCAAAUGAAGAAGCUGAAGUCGCUAUCCAAAAUUUGAAUGAACAAGAAUUCGAGGGACGAACUAUUAAGGUUGACCGUGCUUCUGAACGUUCAUCCUCAUCCUCCUCACGAAAUGGUGGAGGAAACAAUUUUAAUAAUGGAAAUAAUUAUCGGUCUUCUCGUGAUAAUACCGAUGAGUUUUAUGAAUAUGAGAAUCAAAGAUUAGAUUUAAUGUUUCAUGUUGAAUUGUUAUCUUUGCAUAAUAUUAUUUUAGAGGAUAAAGAAUCACAAAAAGAAAAUAUUGAAUUCAAAAUUGAUUAUCACAUUGUUUUUCUUGUUUCUGAUGAAGAUGGUUAUUCAUAA